CCCUUUAAAAGAACGUGUUCGACUGUCCUUAAUAUUUUUUAAUUUAAACUCCCUGUGGUGUUAAAGAAACUGAUGUUAUUAGUACUUCAAGUUUCACUUAAGCCCAGCUCUCAUAACUAAUAUAAUCAUACUGUGAAAUAAUCCCACAAUUUCACUCCCUUCCUCUUCAGUAUCAGGUUGAAUAGAUUGCCAGGUUGAAUAUAGGAUUAGUUCGAAUUACAGAUUUACGGACGGGAAAGCAGCUCAUUUACUGCAAGUAUUGCUGAUAAUAAACUAUAAACUUUUAGGAAGAAAUCCAUCAAGGAAGCACUUUUUAUGAUAUAAUGAAUAAAAUUUCACAACAGCAAAAACAAAACCUUCCCACACAAAACAUUUGAUAACAUACAAUGACAGAGGUUAAAUCAUCAUGCCUGACAAGGAAAUAGACUGAGGUCAAAAAACCCUUCAAUAAUUAAUUUUCUUUGCACAUAAGACAACAGCUCAGAACAAUGGAGAUGCAGAUCCAAUCCAGCGAUGAACAUUCCCCAUCUAUGAGAUCAUUGCAACUGCUGGGAUGGACCUUGAUCACGUCCCACAUUUAAUAGAUGCUGUAAAUGAUAUAAAAGUAAGAGAGAGAACCUACAGGUACAACAGUGAGACAUUAUAAACUCAUCGACAUCAUGAUCUUCGCCAUUACAUGCCUUGCCUUAGUGGCCUCUGCUCUGGGUUGUGGAGUGCCUGCGAUUAAGCCACAGACGAUUGGCAGCAGAAUUGUGAACGGACAGAAUGCCAUCUCUGGUUCUUGGCCCUGGCAGGUCUCUCUCCAGCAACCCAACGGAUUCCACUUCUGCGGUGGAUCCUUGAUCAACCAGAACUGGGUUCUCACUGCUGCUCACUGUGGUGUCCUAGUGGGCAAUCAUCGUGUCAUUCUUGGAGAACAUAAUCGUGGCUCCAAUGUUGAACCCAUCCAGGUCAAACUAGUUUCCAAGGUCAUCACACAUCCGCUCUACAGCAGCUCGACCAUCAACAAUGACAUUGCGUUGCUGAAACUUGCGUCUCCAGUUGUCUUCACUCCCCGUAUCUCUCCUGUAUGUCUGGCUCCAUCAACCAUCAACAUCCAGCCUGGAACUCGCUGCUUUACCACUGGAUGGGGCAGAACUGCCACCACAUCGAGUCCUCUAAUCCUGCAGCAAACAGGUCUGCCCAUCACGAGUCUUGCUGUAUGCAGACAAUUCUGGGGUCAGAGCCGAAUCACUGAUGCCAUGAUCUGUGCUGGAGCCUCUGGAUCCUCAUCUUGCCAAGGUGAUUCUGGGGGUCCUCUGGUGUGUGAGAGAUCAGGGGUCUGGACUCUGGUGGGGUCUGUGUCCUGGGGCAGCAGCACUUGUAACACCCGUUUCCCCGUAGUCUACGCCCGUAUCUCCAAACUGCGCUCCUGGAUUGACACGACUAUUGCUUCAAACUAGAGCCCCAGUCUAAAUAUUUAUUGAAUAUAACUUAGUCUGUACUUCUGAUUGCCUGUCUGUGACUUUAUACUGUUUUCCUGUUUCAGCUGUAAAAAUAAUAAAAAUUUGUCAAAUAAAAUGAGUAAAAUAAAAUGGGGAAAAAAUUAAUAGAGUAUUGCAGA